AUGGGCUUUGUUGAGGAACUCAAGACCGGAAACUUUAGUCUCUACGGGCAAUGGCAACUAACCGCUAGGUGUAUAUCGUUUGCUGUAGUUCUUAUUGUCCUCGGUGGGGUGACGUUCUUGUUCCACAUUGUGUACUCGAUUCUGGCGAUCGUGUUUGGCGCCAUCUGCAUCCUGAUCGAGAUUCCGUUCUUAAUGAAGCUGUGUCCGACGGGGCCGGCGUUCGACAGGGCGUUCGGCGGGCUCAAGAACCACUGGUGGCGGUUUGUUGCAUACUUGGUGUAA